UACUUUCUGAUUGUAUUGGUAGCUCCAACAUGCGGGAACCCUAGAAGGAUCGGCGACGGCGAAUUGAUCCUGUCGGCGAAUCAUGGGUCCGAACGCGAAAGCGAGAUGGAAGAGGUAUCACAAGAUAGAUAAAGGCCGAAAACCGCGAAGGCAAUACGGUGUCUUGUACCCUCAACCCCCACGGAGGAAGAAGCUGGAGGGGUCUAAACCGCCGGUGGAUCCCGUUGAUUCAGACGCGUUUUUGGUCCACCGGGUUUUAAAUGAUCCGAAACGGAAACCGACGAACAAGGCGCCAAAGAAGAAGGAAGAGGAGACACCAAAGAAGAAGGAAGAGGAGAGUGCGGAUGAAAAGAGUCGUACGGAGGAGGAGGAAGCGCAGAGUGGCGGUGAAGAGGGGCAUGCGGCGGAGGCCAUAUACGUCAACCCUCCCAGGCCUCCUAACUCUCCCAUGCCUUCCGAAUCAAAGCGGGGGUACAGCAGGAUACGGAAAUGGAGGUUGAAGAAGGCCCGUCAGCAGGCGGAGGACGACGACAAGAAAGAGAAGAUGAGUUACGGCAGUCCCUACUGCCAACGCUGCAGACAAGUUGACGAGCUCACGCUGGUGCCAUUGGCUGACGAUGCAAUGUAUCUGUCUCCCGACGACGACUUUGGCGGCGACCAGAACCUGAAACUAAGGGUAAUCCGCUACCGGAGGAAGAAGUGGUUGACCGGGGGUUUUGAUGCUGAUUGUCAUCCUAGCUAUCUUACUUUCGGUGGUAUUUUUCAGCCAUACCAUUAUCGCUUUGUUGUGGGUUUCGACAGGAUGGUUAAUGGGUCCGUGAAAUACGCAAUUAGUGAAUAUAAUCGACUGAAGGAAUUUUUCUUUCUUUUG